GCAAACGGCCGUUAUUUCGACGGGGAAAAGCGGAGAGGCAAAGUUGCGGGCGUGAAAAUAACAGAACGAUAGCAUGUGCCGAUCACGUCCUGAUGCCGAGUCGAGGUUAUCUCCGUCCCGACGCUGUUGGUUGCUUUGCUUAUCCCGAGAUUACCCGGGACCGUAUGGAUUUCAUCCCCCGUUCCCCACCAAAACACGGUACUUGGAAGACACGGGAAGCGUGACUUUUGCCGGGUGCCUUUCGAUACUCGCGAAGCCCACAGCUGUCAUGUCCCGUUUAACUGGGUUUAUCGGUGGCCGGAGCAGACGACGGACGAUUCCUCGCUCUCCCGCCAGGCGGGCGUGUAACAACAGCGCAAAGUCCAGAUGAGGCAAGAGGCAAGCCCGACCGGUUGCUCCUGGGACGUCCUCGCAGUUGCUGGUCGCCAGAAUGGAGCUCCGGAGCUACCAGCUAGCCAUCUUCACCACCAUGUUCCUGGGCUACGCGUGCUACGCGUACAACCGCAAGAGCGUCUCCUUCGCCCUGCCCGAGCUGAUGGCCGAAGGUCUACGCAAGGACCAGGCCGGGAUGAUCGUGAGCAGCCAGAACCUGGCGUACGCGGUGAGCAAGUUCCUGGGCGGGGUGCUGUCGGACCGGCUGAGUGCCCGGCUGCUCUUUUCGGCGGGGCUGGUACUGAGCGGCCUGGCCACCCUGCUGUUUGGGGCCUGCCCCAACUCGGCAGCACUGUUUUCGGCCUUGUGGUUCCUCAACGGCCUGGCCCAGGGCUGUGGCUGGCCCUCGUGCGCCAAGGUGCUCCGCAAGGUGCGUCCUGACCCCUCCGGCCCGCCCUUUCUGAGGGCCGUCCCCCCUGCAGUGGUACGCCCCGUCCCAGUUCGGCACCUGGUGGAGCGUUCUGUCGGCCUCGGCCAACAUCUCCGGGGGCGUGGCUCCGUUCUUGUCGGCCUUCCUCAUCGUGUCUUAUGGGUGGCGCUUCAGCCUCACAGUUGCAGGCACUGUGUCAGUGGCCAUGGGGGCCGUGGCCGCCUUGGCUGUGGUGAACGAGCCCUCGGAUGUGGGCCUCCGCGUGGAAGGAGUCGCCGAGGACCAACCUGCCGCCGCAGGCGAUGGCAAGAGCGCCGCCACCGCGGCGGACCUGGUGCGGAGCCCGUUCCUGUGGCUGGUGUCCUUCGGCUACCUGGUGGUGUUCUGCGCCAAGACGAGCGCCGUCGACUGGGGCCAGCUCUACCUCAUGGAGGACCUGGGCCACUCCCAGUAUGUGGGCAGCUCCCUGACGAGCAGCAUAGAGUCCGGCGGAUUCUUCGGGGGCAUCCUGGCGGGCUACCUGACGGACUGGUUCUUGCACGCACGCAAGGGCCAGGGCUCAGGCAACGCCCGAAUGCCCGUGGCGGUGCUCUUCCUGGCUGGAGUGGCGGCGGGCUUCCACGCGCUCUGCUUCCACAUAUCCAGGGACUCUUCCGAGCUGGCCAUCAGUUGUCUAGGCCUGUUCCUGGGUGCCUGCCUGUAUGGCCCCAUUGCCAUCUUUGGGGUGGCGGCCACGGAGUCCGCCCCGGCUCACCUCUCUGGCACCUCCCACGCCGUCGCCGCCCUGGCCGCCAGCGUGGGUGCGGUGAUCUCCGGCCUGCCCUUCAGCCUGCUGGCACAGAACCGGAGCUGGGGGGACGUCUUCCUGCUUCUGGAGGUGGCCUGUGCCGCCACGGCAGCCAUACUGUUCCUGGGCAGGAACCUCGCUGCCGGCAUCGGACGCCCCAAGACACACUGACCGAGCGCCCGACCUCGCGUUGGGACCAGCACACCAUUAAACCAAAGACAGUAUUUUGUACGCUAAGAACAAUGUGUGGCUGCCCUUCAAAUUGACAAUUUGCAGACUACAGCGUGCCACCUAUAGUACAGUGCCCAAGAC